UCUACUUCUGGGCCUAAAUGGUUUAAAACAACACCAAACAACUACAUUCCAUGGAUAUUCAGGUCAAGAAGUCAUGGGACGAUAUGAAGAUGAGCAACGUGAUGGAGUUGGUAAAGGCGUAUGGACCUAUGAUAGAAUUAAAGAAGGGGUAUAAAGUUGAGGUGGGAGAAUUGAGAGAUAGGGGGAGAGUAAGAAGGGGGCGGGGAAAGAAUGGAAGGAAAAGCGCAUGUGGAAGAAGGUUUAGCAGGUAUGGAAGAUAUUGCAGGCAUGAGGGCAAUACGUGAAAGCGAUGGUCCUGGUCCAACAGACUGGAAAAGCACGAGACUUACGAGAAAUAUAGAGGCUUCGGGUGGAUCCGAGAAUGUCGGGAGAGUGGCUGGCAAUCAGGAGGAUGCGAAAAGAGAAACGGAAAACAGGAGCAGUGAAAAGAGUGCAGAUGUUGAUGAUAUGAACUAGACACUAGAGGAACAGUUGGGAUGAGGUGGGCAUCAUUGAGCCAACCAUUGGCCGGCGCAUCAUGGUUUUCUAAGAAUGAAAACAUGAUUUCAAUCGU